AGUACACCUUACAAAGUCAUUGACCCAGAAGAGACAACAAGUGGAUAGAUGCUCAAGUAGAAUUUUGAACCCAGUCAGAUAGUUUGCUCAUCCUUAAUCAGCAGACAGGAUCGGAGAGUGCAUUCCCAUAACAAAUAUGAAGUUAGGAAAAAGGUCUAUUUUAGGGUGCUAUCUAUCAAUUUUGGUGGUUUUACCUCAUAGCCAAGGCCGAACCUCGUCUCCAGUGGUAAUCAAUACAUGGAAUUUCCUCUCAGCUUGUCAAGAGGCGUGGAAAGUGUUGGAACAAGACGGAGCUGCCAUCGAUGCGGUCGAACAUGGUUGCUCUCGCUGUGAAAGUGAGCAAUGUGAUGGAACCGUCGGUUUCGGUGGUAGCCCUGAUGAAUCUGGCGAGACCACCUUGGACUCUAUGAUCAUGGAUGGAGAGACUUUCAACGUGGGGGCUGUAGCCGCGUUACGACGGGUCAAAUCGGCAAUUAGUGUGGCAAGAAAAGUUCUGGAGAACACUCAUCAUAGCAUUUUGGCAGGUUCUCAAGCCACUUUGUUCGCCAAGCAAAUGGGAUUCGAGGAGGAGUGGCUCAACACUACUGAGUCGGAAAAUAAAUGGCAAACAUGGCGAGAGAACAACUGCCAGCCAAAUUUUUGGACGAAUGUCUCGCCUGACCCAUCCCAAAACUGUGGGCCAUAUGAAUCAGUAGGUCAAGAAGCCGCUCGAGUUCCUUUUGGUCAGAGUGGAAAUCAUGACACAAUCGGAAUGAUCGCUUUGGAUUCAAAUGGGAAAAUGGUGGCUGGAACGUCGACUAACGGAGCCAAUCACAAAAUUCCUGGACGGGUAGGAGACUCCCCAAUUCCUGGUGCCGGGGCAUACGUCGAUAGCGAGGUGGGCGGGGCAGCUGCCACGGGGGAUGGCGACGUCAUGCUGAGACUGCUUCCAAGUUUUACGGCGGUCGAAGCCAUGCGAUCCGGGAUGUCCCCUCAAUUAGCCGCUCAAGAGGCCAUAGAUCGAAUCACGAAGAAAUAUCCCGACUUCAUUGGAGCUGUUGUGGCUUUGAAGAAAAGUGGCGAAUUUGGAGCUGCGUGUCACGGAAUUGCGGAGUUUCCGUUUUCUGUUGCCAACAAGGAGAUGGGCGGGGCCAAGGUUAUAGUGGUGACAUGUCAAACGAGAACUUUUGUUAGCCGAAAUAUGUAGUUUCACAACAAUUUCCCCUGGUGUGUCUAAUAGUAUAUAGUUAAUGCUUUGACUUCA